AAUUGUCUCGGGCAAGAGAAGAUCCCAGUUAUAACAUUUUGAUCAGCUGAAGCACUAGAGCAAUCAAGAUAGGGCAGCCACAGGUGCAAACAUGAUGACAGGGGUCUGGGGUAACCCUUGAACAUGAGGAAAUACCCCACCAUGGGAAAGUGACUCACAAGUUAAUGAUUACAGUGAAAACAGAAGUUGUGACAAAAAUGAGCACAUGGGAGAAACAGUGGGACUUUGGUGGUGUUGAAAAUGAAGCAGAGAGAGCAUACUAAAUUGCAAGUUCAGAGAAACAGGCUCUUGCUCCGUCUGCAAAAGACAAAUAGUUUGGGACUACUAUGAUAAGAGAAGCCCAGGGAAUAAGAUUUUGAAAAACUUGGGAGUACUUGAUAUAAAAAGAAGGAGAUUUAGAAUUACAUAUAGAAGCAAAUGGAAAAUCAAGGCUGUUUUGAGGGGGUGCGAUCAGAGCGUCAUUGGAGAGGAUGUAGUUUACAAUAUUUGUUUCAGGCUCUGCACUGGCAGGAGUUUCUGUAGAAGCUGAACUGAGAGCUGGGACGCAUAACGUGGGUGGGGCACAGAGCAGCCAGGGAACUGUGAUUUGGCUUUUGCUUGGGGCAGAGUAUGGGAAGAUAUGCAAAUGCUGAGGCCCCGGACAGUGGAGUCGCCUUGCAGGCAGCACUUCCAGGUGGGAUUGGAAGCACCUGCCUUUGCAACAUUGCUCAAAAGUAAGCAGUGCUCCCAGGAGGGCUGUCAUUUCUUUAGAUUACCUGAUAGCAGACUCCCGUGAUGUUUACCAGCUUCAAGGAGAUCAGACCAUUGUGAAUUUUUUUUUCUUCUGUAGUAAAACUAGCCCCAGCCAGCCCAACUGGGAAUUUACUGCCUGAGCUGUUUUCCAACGUAAGUUUUGCUGGCAAAACCAGACGUUGAGUGUUCCCUCGACUCUCAAGGGACCUGUUUACACUGACUUUAUUUUUACUGCCAGCUUUCAAGUUGGAAGAGGGAAAUUACGUUUAAAGGUCAGCAGCUGGAUUUUCAUAAUUUGGAAAUAAAACUUGAGUGAAAGGUUUGGAAGGAAAAUCUCUGGUCCAUUACACAUUUCCGGAAAAAUUCAGUACCGAGAGACUCACAUUACUGGGUGUGCUAUCUACUCAUGAGUGUUAUACUCCAUUGAGAAAAAAAACCAGGAAGUUGCUGUUCUACUCAGGAUUGACCAAGAAGCCAUGAAAUCCCUUACUGUGGGAGACUUAGAAGAUUGCCUGCUGAAUAAGGUGGACUUGAGGCGCCAGCAGAUUUCCCAGGCUGUGGAGGAGGUGCAGAAAGUCGUUCAUCAUUUGACCACAAAUAUCAGCUCCCAAGACAUUAGAUUUCAAGUCGUGCCUUACUCUGACACAUACAAUGAAAAUAUUAAGGUUUUGGCCCCCACUCAGUUCCUUGUCACAGUCCCAGUAAAAGGCCUGGCCGGCUACAGGGAAGCCAGGGAGCAGCGCUGGAGGUACUAUACCCUGCAGGGCACCAGGCUGCCCUGCCCCUUGCGAGAUCCCGAGGGUCUGCAGCAGUGGCUGGAGGUGGAACAAUUUAUGAAGAGCCUGUGGCAGUGGCAUGAGACAGAUGUGAACAUUGACGGAGACAUUGUACCUGCCAAGGUCCUCCUGGUGUUCCGGAAGCUGGUGGAAAACGCAAUCAGAACCUGUCACCUCUCAGGUAAGGUCAGCAUGCUAGGAAACCGCUCUGCAGUUUGGGUUGCCGUGGAAACAUCUGCAUAUCCGGUGGAACUGGAGCUGGUCCCCGCAGUGGAGAUCCCCACUGCCUGGUCCGAGAAAGCCCGGUGGCCUCGAUGUCUGCAGCGCUGGCCUUCCCAAGAGAGAGUGGAGUGCAUCAAGUCGUUUGGGUUUAACUUGUUGGCCAGUUCAAGUUAUCACUGGCAGCUGAGCUUCUUCCGUGCUGAGCAGGUGUUGCUGGAACAGCUGGAUGACGAUGGGGGCUGCCGUAGGAAGUGUCUUCAAGUCAUGAGGCAGCUGAAGGAGGAUGUCUGGUGCCCGGGGAUCAGGCCGGUCAUCACAUCUCACCAUCUGCAGACCGUGCUCUUUUGGACCUGCGAGAAAUAUCCCCACUUUAAAGACUGGCAGGUCUUCAGCAAAGCGUUCUUACGCCUGGUGAGGAAAUUGCACAAGUGUGCGAGCCAGCACUUCCUGAAACAUUAUUUCGUCCGAAACAGCAACCUCUUUCAGUGCACCAACCCCAUCGAGCUGGACGCUGUGGCCCAAAAGGUGUCCACUUUCCUGAAGAACCCCCAGAUUAGCCCACCCUGAUGGACUAAUUUUAUUCUGGCUUGUUCUCUUUAUGGUUCCUUAGUCAGGUGCCAGGAUCCUGCCUAGGAAAAAGGCCACAAACAGCCACAGAAAUUACAUCAAACCAGUAACACUUUGCAGGUGGAGGAACUAUGCCUCAGGAUGUCUGGCCCAGGCCUCCCUGGAGCCCAGCAAGUGUUUCUGCCCCAGCUAUCUCUCCCGGGGACGCCUCUCAUCAGGCUUCCUCAGGCUUGGAUUCGGAAUUGGUGACAGUUUUGAACUUAGUUUCCUUUGUCCAGACUCUGAUCGUCUCACAGCGAAGAUGGAGGCAGAACCCCUGGAAGGCCACACACGAGUCUGCUGGCCAAUUGUGUACCCAGCCCACCGAUCAUGGGCGCAUUCUCCUGCCAUGUGUAAAAUGGGAAUGUUAAUGUACCUACCUCUGAGCAGGGCUGGGUGCCUAUGACGCUGUGCUGGUGCCUUUUCAAGGGGAAGGCACUGGAUCAACACAAAGUGUUACUGGUUGGUUGAGCAGCUGGUGUUUGCAUCCUGGAUCGGUACCCAUAGCAGUGAUGCAAAAUUGCACCUGAUGAGUUAGCAAGCCUCUGCUUCCUUGCUGCCCUCCAGCUUCCUUCCAUGUGGGUCCUGAGGUUCUGUUUGCUUCGCUGGUAUUCUCUAAGCAGGGAAGGACUGGUUUUGAUGACAAGCGUAAGUCAAAGAUAAAAGUACAGCUCUUGGCCUGAUCCCAACCACAGCCCUCUCUUUGCUUCCCAUGCCAUGGGUCAUGGAUGAAACUUCCUUAUAUGUAUGUAAAUAACCUAGUAUGUGGUCUGCGUGGAGUGACCUUGGUGUCUGUCACCACUCAGUGUGUUCCUUUGCUCUCCUCAUUCACUCACUCAUUGACAAAUAAUGCUCAUUAGGCACUGGGAACACAGGAAAGAGCAGGGUGGAUGAGGACCUCCCCCUGGGGAUGCCGCCUAAUGGUGGAGACAAGAAAUUAAUGACAGAUAAACACGCACAGUUAUUACGAUCGGAAGCAAGUGCUCUGAAGGACAUAAACAGAAUGUUGAAGUAGAGUCCACAGAAAGGUCCCCAAAAGAUGAAAAUGCAAAUAGCUGAAGGGGAAGGAAAAGUGACUAAAGGCAAGCCUGGGAGGGCUGGCAUGAGUCAGAGCAGCUGGCCUUGUAAAGCCAGGAAGGAAUCAGUAUUUUAUUCUAAGAUCAAAGGUGUGACAUUUGACCUCUCCAGACGCAGAGGGUAUCACGAUCUGACUGCAUUUUAAACGAUUGUUCUGGUAACUGCAUGAAGCAGGUCUGGGGACUCACACAAGAGCCGGGACACUGGGUGCUCUCCAGCCACCCAUCUGGAAUUUGACAGAGGCCCACAAAGUAACAUACUCUGUGUGGCACAACUAAUCAGGAAUUCUAGGAGUUCUCGGUGAGAUCAAUUUUUUUUUUUCCUGGUGUUUACUUAAUACUUCUCAACUCAAGGGGCUCCUUUAUUACUUUUGAAGAUUUUUGCCCACAUGUCUAUGCCAAAGAUCCAUUUCUAAAGCGGGAACUACUGAUUUUGUUUUGAUGAAAAUUAACAUUUGAAAAUAAAAAGAAUUAUUUUUCAAACGUACUGUAACCAAAUAGUGGGGUCCCAAGACUAUCACAUAACAGAUAAUGAUUUUUAAAUACUGAAAAAAAGGAUUUCCAAAC